GAGCUUGGAAGGGCUACUUGGACUUUUCUUCAUACUCUUGCUGCUCAGACUUCUCAACAACGUGGUCUCUUUUCUCAGUAUCCAGAUAAUCCUACAAGGCAACAAAAGAAGGAUGUAAAAGAACUGAUGGGAAUCUUAUCUCGAAUGUACCCUUGCAAGGAAUGCGCAGAUCACUUUAAAGAAGUUUUAAGGGCAAAUCCAGUACAGGCUGGAUCUCAAGCUGAGUUUUCCCAAUGGUUAUGUCAUGUGCACAACGUUGUUAAUAGAAGCCUCGGCAAACCGAUAUUUCCCUGCGAACGAGUGGAUGCAAGAUGGGGCAAACUGGAGUGCGAGAAGAAUGCCUGUGAAGUUCUUGGAAGUACAGGUUUUGAUGGAGAUUAAACGAGCUGGAAUCCAAAAUUGUUUGAUGUACAAAUGGGACAAAAAUGUUAUUUUAUUGACAUGUUUCAUGAGACUAUCUUGGUUUUAUACUUUUAUUAGUAGGAGAAUUAUAAUAAGAUUCUAAAGAAGGAAAAUAAUUAUUAAAUUUUUUUAAUAAUAACCUAAACAGUUUGUAAUGACAAGUAUUAAGAUAGGAAAUAGUAAUUUUUGGGACUUUUUUUU